GCACUCCCGCCUCCCUGGGACCAUGGGGCAUUAGCCGAGGAGGAAACAUGCUGGCCCUGCGCUGCGCUCUGCUGACCGCCCUGCUUGCCGCUCCAGGGGCGGCGCUGGCCCCGGGGAGCUGCCCCGCGCUGGAGACGGCGAGUGAUGUGCUGACCAGCCUGCCGGGGGCAAACGUUACCCUGACCUGCCCCGGGGGGGAACCAGAGGACAAUGCCACCGUUCACUGGGUGCUCAGGAAUCAGGUCACAGGCUCACAGGAUGGCAGUUGGACUGGCGUGGGAAGGACACUGUUUCUGAGGUCCGUGCAGCUCAGUGAUUCUGGAAACUAUUCGUGCUACCAGGGUGGCCGCCCAGUGGGAACCGUGCAUUUGCUGGUGGAUGCGCCUCCCGAGCAGCCCCAGCUCUCCUGCUCCCGGAAGAGCCCCCUCAGCGAUGUGGGUUGUGAGUGGAGUCCUCAGAGCCCGCCCUCCCUGACGACCAAGGCCGUGUUGCUGGUGAGAAGGUUCCAGAGCAGUCUGGUGAAAGACUUCCAGAAGCCGUGCCAGUAUUCCCAGGAGGCCCAGCGGUUGCUGUGCCAGUUGGCGGUCCCGGAGGGGGACAACUCUUUCUACGUCGUGUCCCUGUGCGUCGCCAAUAGUGCCGGGAGCCAGGCCAGCAAACCCCAAACAUUUGAGGGUUACGGAAUCCUGCAGCCUGAUCCACCCGUUAACAUCACGGUCAGCGCCGUGGACAGAAACCCCCGCUGGCUCAGCGUCACCUGGCAAGACCCCCCGUCCUGGAACUCAUAUUUCUACAGGCUGCAGUUUGAGGUCCGAUACCGGGCUGAAAGGUCAAAGACCUUCACAACAUGGAUGGUCAAGGAGCUCCAGCAUCACUGCAUCAUCCACGACGCCUGGAGUGGCAUGAGGCACGUGGUGCAGCUUCGGGCCCAGGAGGAGUUUGGGCAUGGCUUAUGGAGUGAGUGGAGCAAGGAGGCCACAGGCAUCCCUUGGACAGAAUCCAGGAGUCCUCCAGCUGAGACUGUGCAGCCCCCCUCCACACAGGCACCUACUACUAAUGAAGAUAAUGAAAAUAUUUUCUACAAAGAUUCCGCAAAUGCCACAAGCUUCCCAGUGCAAGAGUCUACUUCGGUACCACUGCCUGCAUUCCUAGUGGCUGGAGGGAGCCUGGCCUUCGGAACGCUCCUCUGCGUUGCUCUCGUCCUCCGGUUCAAGAAGACGGGGAAGCUGCAGGCUCUGAAAGAAGGCAAGACGAGCAUGCACCCGCCGUACUCUCUGGGACAGCUGGUCCCCGAGAGGCCCAAGCCCACCCCUGUGCUCGUCCCCCUCAUCUCCCCACCCGUGUCCCCCAGCAGCCUCGGGUCUGACAACACCUCAGGGCACAGCCGACCAGAUGCCCGGGGCCCGCAGAGCCCUUACGAUGUCAGCAACAGAGACUACUUCUUCCCCAGAUAGCCGGCCGGGCGGCGCCGGGCGGGCGGGGGCCGGCCCCGCUGCACCGUGCGGGUGACGAAGCACAAGCCGCCUUAGCAGAAGACGCUCCUCACUGCCGUUCCAGCUCAUCUCAGGUGCACGGGGCCCCGGGCUUCACCUUUCCAGAAGGGCCUCCCAGGAGGUUCUACGCCUGGGUGAAAAGGUUUGCUGCGUCUGAUCAGAAGGAAGAGGUGGUUGGGCUUUUGAACCACCCCUCCCCAAAUGCCCUGCUUACAGGGGUUAGAAUGAACUCAGGCCCUCAUCAAGAGAAGGGUGGCAAGACUCUACUGGACACUCAGGUGGGCAGAGCCGGGCUGCUGCAGAGGCCUCGGAUGCCCCCAAACUCGGGGUGGACAGGCUGCCAGCCGCCCGUACACCUGGACGCAUCUUCAGGGGCUGCACCCUCAGGCAGGUGGGACGGAUUUCCAGCCAAACACUUCCCUAGGUGCCUCCCCACUGGCCCACCACACAGCUUCAUCUGCCAGCUCAAAUUCUUGAAACCCAAGUGCCUUCACAGUUCAGCUUUUCUAGGCCUGAGGAUGGCUUUUCUUAAACCACCGAGGCUGGGGGAAGGUCUCACCUACCUUUCCUCCCCACAUCUGAAGACAAGCUGCUAAGUGGGGUAAACAGUAUCUCAGGGUCUGAUGGUUUGAAAUGAAAUUAUGAUUAGUUCCUCACUAGCCUGUUCCUGAAUGUGAAUGACUGUCCUGGGCACUUGCUGAAUCCAGAAGCAACUGCACUGGCUCGAUUUCCCUCUUUGGAUCCCAGGACUUCAGGAGAGGAGCCAAGAGGAAGGAGGGAAUUGGGGACAGGGCCUCCACGCUUCUCUGCAGCAGCAUCGCUGAGGGGGACGGCGGGCUCUGCAAACCAACAUUCUCCGUCCUCCCCACCCUGCCCUCCAAGAGGAGAGCUAGCAUCAGGGGGGGACGCCAGGGGUGGAAUCAAAACCGCCUUACUCCAGCUGUUUAUUUUGUUUUCAACUGAGCCUGAGUAACUGGGGAAGAUAAUAUUUAUGUGAAAAGACAAAAGAACCUGGCAAGAAUGUACUUUAAUUUGAUUUUUUAAAGAACUGUUGACUAUUUUAUCUUUAGAGGGUGGAAGAGUCAGUAUAUAAAUAACCUGGGGGAAAAACACCAUAACUUUGUUUAGCACAAAACUGAGUCAAGUGAAAAAGGAGGAGAAAAAAAAAGAUUUUCCCCUAUUAGAGAAAAGGCUGGUUUCAUUCUAAAUUUUAUUUUUGCCUUAAAAAGUGAAGGGAGAAAAAAAAAAAAAGACUACGUCUUUAAGUUAGCGGAAAAGCAGCUGGUUACUACUCCCCUAGGCGGUCGAGAAGGAGUGCCCAACAGUCAUGUGCUGGGAAGCCAGCCUCCCACGAUUACCAAGCAGGUCAGCUGAAAAUCCCCAACCCUGAAAGCCAGGAGCCCUCGGUUAUCAGAAGAGGUUCAUUAAAAAAAAAAAAAAAAA